CAUUCUGACACUUCAGUAAAGUUAUGACUCUAGUCCGUAUCCAAAUGGGCAACGAUACAACCAAAGCAAAAAUCUCAGCCAUUAUCCUCAAUCAAUCUCCACUGUCCAUUCUCUCCAUCCUACGCCUCUCCCCUCCCCAAAUCCCCCAACCAUAUCCAACAAAAAUCACCAUAAAACCUCUCUUACUCUUCACUCUCACCCACUAACCAAAAUAUCCCACCACCACCAUGGCCUCCAUAGCCCUCAAAACCUUCGUCGGCCUCCGCCAGUCCUCGCCGGAAAACAAUGCCAUCAUUCUUUCCAAGCCCGCCGCCUUGCCCCACCGCAGAUUCCGGAUAAAUGCCUCCAAGUCCAGCCCCAGAGUCACCGGCCGCAACCUCAGAGUGGCCGUGGUCGGCGGUGGCCCUGCCGGCGGCGCCGCCGCCGAGACGCUGGCUAAGGGAGGGAUCGAGACGUUCCUGAUCGAGAGAAAGAUGGACAACUGCAAGCCAUGCGGCGGCGCCAUCCCUCUGUGCAUGGUCGGGGAGUUCGACCUUCCGCUGGACAUCAUCGACCGCCGCGUCACCAAGAUGAAGAUGAUCUCGCCCUCCAACGUGGCGGUCGACAUCGGCCGCACGCUCAAGCCGCACGAGUACAUCGGCAUGGUCCGCCGCGAGGUCCUCGACGCCUACCUCCGCGACCGCGCCGCCACCGCCGGCGCCACCGUGAUCAACGGCCUCUUUUUGAAGAUGGACCUGCCGCAGGCCAAGACCGCGCCCUACGUCCUCCACUACACCGACUACAACGCGAAGACCGGCGGCGCCGGCGAGAAGAAGACGCUGGAAGUGGACGCCAUCAUCGGCGCGGACGGCGCCAACUCCCGCGUGGCGAAGGGCAUCAACGCCGGCGACUACGAGUACGCCAUCGCAUUCCAGGAGCGGAUCAAGAUCCCCGAUGAGAAGAUGAAGUACUACGAGGACCUGGCGGAGAUGUACGUGGGCGACGACGUGUCGCCGGACUUCUACGGCUGGGUGUUCCCGAAAUGCGACCACGUGGCGGUGGGGACGGGCACGGUGACGCACAAGGGCGACAUCAAGAAGCUGCAGGUGGCGACGCGCCUCCGCGCGCGUGACAAGAUCCAGGGGGGGAAGAUCAUCCGCGUGGAGGCGCACCCCAUCCCGGAGCACCCGCGGCCGCGGCGCGUGCUGGACCGCGUGGCGCUGGUGGGGGACGCGGCCGGGUACGUGACCAAGUGCUCCGGGGAGGGGAUAUACUUCGCGGCGAAGAGCGGGCGGAUGUGCGCGGAGGCGAUCGUGGAGGGGUCGGAGAAUGGGAAGAGGACGGUGGACGAGAGCGAUCUGAGGGUAUAUUUGGAAAAGUGGGACAAGACGUACUGGCCCACCUACAAGGUGCUGGACAUUCUGCAGAAGGUCUUCUACCGCUCCAAUCCGGCGAGGGAGGCGUUCGUGGAGAUGUGCGCCGACGAGUAUGUGCAGAAGAUGACCUUCGACAGCUAUCUCUACAAACGCGUCGUGCCCGGUAACCCCUUGGAUGACUUGAAGCUUGCUGUUAACACCAUUGGGAGUUUGGUGAGGGCCAAUGCGCUCAGGAAGGAAAUGGAGAAGCUCAACGUAUAGCCUCACCUUCACCCUUUUUUGUUUUCUACCAUUACAGAAUUGUAUUACUUUGGUUUCCGCUGCUUCAUUCAUACAUUUCUCUUAUGUAUGUUGGUUGUAAUUGAAGCAUAUGUAAGAUUAAUUCGGGACUUCUAUUUGGAUUUGUACAUAUACUUCUUUACUUUUUCAA